AUGACUAACGCAGGGUAUACAGCUUCGUUAGAUAAAAUUAUGCCUGAUAUAGAGUUCGCUUUUAAUAACACGAUUCAUAGAAGUACUGGAAUAACACCGAGUGAACUAUUAUUUGGAAUUAGACAAAAGGGAAUGGUUGUGGACUAUUUGAAAGAAAAUUUAGACGAGUUAAGGGCUGAUGACGUUCUGAGAGAUCUUAGGCAAGUAAGACAAGAGGCUUCAGAUCAAAUUGUAAAAAAUCAAAACUAUAAUAAAUCGCUUAAAGACCGUCAUAGAAUUCAGAAAACAUACAAAGAAGGAGAAUAUGUAGUUGUGAAAAAUUUUGUUAGUGAGGCAGGCGCCAGUAAAAAGAUUUUGCCAAAAUAUAAAGGACCCUAUAGGAUUACUAAAGUUCUACCUAAUGACCGAUAUCUAGUAAAGGAUGUAGAGGGAUUCCAAACACAUGUAAUAUUUCCGCAUCUGGUCGUUUCCAAUGAUCCAGCAUAUUUUCCUGAACCAAAACGAUUUAUGCCCGAACGUUGGAUGAAACAAUUUGCACCAUCCACAGAAUGUCCGUAUGCAGGACAAAAAAUUCAUCCUUUCGUGAGUCUGCCUUUUGGUUUUGGACGGCGUAUGUGUGUGGGACGUCGAUUUGCUGAAAUUGAAUUAAAUACGCUGCUCGCCAAGAUAUUUCGGAAAUAUAAAGUGGAAUACAAUUCCGGUGAAUUAGUAUACAAAGUCAACUCAACCUACAUACCAGAAUCACCACUAAAUUUUAAAUUGACACUCAGGCAGGAAUAAGCAAAUAAAAGCAUAUUGCAAUAAUAUAUAUUGUACGAAUGACAUUAGUUAUUAUAAGGUAUUUUGUAUUUUAGCACUUUUAUUUUAUUAUAUUUAUAUAUGAUUGAACGGUAACUAAUGAUUUUAAGACGGUAACUAAUGCAUAGAUAUAAGAUUA